AUGGUGCAGUGCUCGGGGCAAACACAUCAAGCGAGACAUGCACAACUCCCUCUCUCAGAAGAUGACCGCGAGGCAAAGUCCUUCCGGCAGCUGAUUCAUCGAGCUCGCCCAAGAUUACAAAGAGACAGACCCUAUUUUGAAGUCGUUGCGGCAAGGCAGUAUGCCAGAACACACCACUGGACUGCGGCAAGCCACUGCUUAGCUUCGCUACGUGGGAUCAGAGAAGCUCGAUGUCAUGGCUCUCACUACGACGAGUAUGUGCAAGACAUCGUGGAUGAUGCCAGCAGUGCAUGUGUCAGAAGCAGCCGAUGGGAGGCUGCGGUGAUGCUUCUUCGAAAUUUGAACCUUCACCAAGCACCGAGUCGCCAGAAACGCCAUGAAGUUGGCAAUGCAAUAGGGGCAAAAGGACGCUGGAGACAAUCACUUACCUACUUUACCUUCCUGGUGCACUUUGGGAUGCGCCUGUAUCAGCCUUACUACAGCAUGACGAUGCACUCUUGCGGCGAAGCACUUCGCUGGACAUGGAGCCUAGAGCUGCUACAGCACCUCUGCCUUUCGAAAGUUCCCGUGGACAGACAGAGCCCUCAACAUGUUGCGCCGUUUGCACAAGUCGCACAUGCAUGCCGACAGGCAGGUACCCGGUCCAGUGCCUUGAGCGCGCUCAAGAUUCUGCAGACUGCCCGUCGGCUCUCUGCAGCAACGUCUGUUCUCCACGUAAAGGUUAUGGGUGGUUGCAGCCGCAGUGGAGAUUGGGCGAGCGCUUUGACGGUGCUUGAACAAGUCGGGGUGGACGGAGUUCGGCCAAAUCUUCGGACCUACACGGCUGCACUGACUGCUUCUGGGAUUCAGCUGAGCUGGGAGUCUGCUGCUUUUUUCUUGGACUCCAUCAGAUCAUCGGAGUUGCAUCCCGCUGAAGAGACUUUUGAUCGUGUCUUGGAGACCUGCCGCAAGGUCAGCAGUUGGGCUCCGGCGCUGGCAUAUCUGCGCUUUAUGCGAAGGAGUCAUCUGGCCCCGGAUGCCAUACGCUUUGCUUCCGCUGCCCGGGCGCUCUUGAACAAAAACAAAAUUGACGAAGCCCUGGCGGUUUUAGCGGAAAUGCGGCAAUGCAACCUGGACGUGGAGGUCUCGGCACGUAUUGUGUUCACUGCAGGCAUGGGAGCCAGUGCAGAUUCAAUGGCCUGGAACCGUGCCGUCCAUCUGCUUUGUCAAUUCAAUGCUGUCGGCUUCGAGGCAGAUGUUCAACUCUUGUGUGCCACUGCGAGUGCAUGCAGACGAGCAAACAACUGGAGAGACGUUCUGUACCUGCUCGGCCUGGGUGGCAUCGAACUGGAUAUUACUGCUCACAACGUCGCCGUGAGUUCUUGCGCGUGCGUGCUUCAGUGGCAGUGGGCUAGCAACUUACUCAGUUGCUCGCAGCAGGCUGCUCAGCAGCUUGACAAGUUCACAUUGCCAUCCUGGAUGGGACUGACCUCAAGGUCGCAG